AACCAGAAAAUUUACACGAGGAUUAGUCAAAUUCAUCUGAAUACUUGCCUGAGGGUCAGUCAAGUUUACCAGAAGAUUUGCCCAUGGAUCAGUCGAGUUCAGCUGAAGAUUUGCCUGAGGGUCAGUUAAGCUCACCUGGAGAUUUACCUGAGGGUCAGUCAAGAUCAGCAGAAGAUUUUCCCAAGGAUAGGUCAAGUUUACAAGAAGAUUUGCCCGAGAGUCAAUGUAGUUCACCUAACAAUUUGAUUGAGGAAAAAAUAUUUGAUUGGAAUAAAUAUCUUACUGCAAGAAAUGCAGAAGAGGUGCCUGAAGAUUUUUUUUAUCAUAUUUGUAAGAGUGAACUGAAUGGAAUAGAAAUUGGCUCAGUGGUCGAGAUUGAAAAUGAAGAUCAAAGUGGAUAUUGGUUCGCUAGUGUAUGUUCAUCAAAGGGCGUUUUAAUGAACUUGCAUUAUUUUGGUGAUGCCAAUGAUCAACACACUUUUUGGUUAGAAGUAAAUUCACCACGCAUUCAUUCUUUAAACUGGGGAAGCGAAAAUAAUAAAAAACUGAUACCUCCUUAUCCUGAAAGAUUUUCACGUUACAAACCAGAAAUUAUUAAAGGAAAAGUUCAAGAUUGUGAGCAUGUUGUAUCAAAUGCUGUGUUACAAAUGGGAGGUGCACCAAUUCAUAAUAUAUUCAAGUGUGACAUGUUUGUAGAAGUUCAAGAUAGAGAAUACCCUUAUCGUGUUUGGAUUUCAAAAGUGAUUAAAAAUGUGGGAGGAAGGUUAUUUUUACAAAUGCAAGGAAUAAAUAGCCCUGAAGAGAAACCAUUUUGGUUAUUUUAUUUAAAUGAACGUGUUUUUCCAUUAGGAUGGGCAGAACAAAAAGGACUUCCAUGGAGAGUAAUGAAUUUAGAUGCUAGCUUAGAAAAUUCUAUCGAUUCUAGUGUACUACUGAAUGUGUUAAAGCCAAAGACACCAAAACAACACAGUUAUAAAGUUGGAGAAAUGUUGGAAGUAAUAAAUCCUUAUUCAAUGAUGGUAUUUUAUGUUGGUACAAUUGUUAAGAUCUAUGAUAAUCGUUAUUUUAAAGUUGAAGUGGAUAAUGAAAUUGAUGAAGAUAAACGUAUCAGUUUUGUGGCUACUAAAGAAAAUCCUUAUUUAUUUCAAGCUGGUUUGAAACAUUUAUUUCUGUAUAGUUAGCUUUUACAUAGUUAUAAAAAUAUGAUUGAUUUUAGGUUGGGCAAGCAGACACAAAUUUUUGCUUAAACCUCCGACUGAUUGGGAUAAACCACACACAUUUUCUUGGUCGAAAUAUUUGAUGAGAAAAGAUGCAAAAUUUGCUUCUGUUGAUAAUUUGUGUAGAAAAAAGUGUAAUAAUGUUCA